AUGCUACAAGACAGUGCCUUCGAGACACAGAUGCUGGACGGCAAACCGAUACUGCCUGAGAUUUACUCCCAUCAUCAAACAGUGGACAAACUGGACAUCGUCGCAGAACCUCAACAGCUCACGAUCUACAACAACAAUAAUACGGACAUAGCCAAUCGCAACAGCAGCAGUAUCCUCGCACCUCCAAGAUAUGCCGUCGAGAGAUCAACUCCAACCGUCGAACGCGAUGGCUGGUAUGACCGUCUGUUGGACCACACAAACUACACACGGCACACGCCGGAACCAGCAGAGCACGAUGUUCAACCAUUAAAGACUGAGAACAACACAUCACAGCGCAACGAUGAGAUUACUCCGAAUGCUGCCGAUGGUGAGGAGGUGCUUAUUGGCACGUGCCAGCAGCACAUGGUGCCACACGCCCAAAAGCCGGCCGAGGAACUCACACAACCGCAAGACAACAUCGCGGCUGCUGUGGCGUGCAGACCGAAGAAGAAGGCAGGACAGCGGCGGCCAAUGAAUGCGUUCAUCCUUUUUUGUAAACGGCAUCGGUCAGUGUUGAAGGAGCACUACCCGGAGGAAAACAGGGCAACCACAAAAAAGCUUGGCAAAUGGUGGAAAAAUGCAACAGCGGAACAAAAAAAACCCUACCAGCUGCUGGCGGAAAAGAACAAAACUAAGUUUCUGGACGUUAAUCCAGGUUUCCGGUGGUGCAAAAGUUCCACCAUGGCGUCGUGUGACAAAAACGUUGAUGACGAACCAGUUUUGAGCGAAGUAAAGACUGAGCCAAUGGAGACCGAACCGGCGACAACCCUAUCGCCUGAUCUAUUCGAGGCGGCCCAAGCUUUGAUGAGCUUGCGUGGAAGCGUCGAGGAUCGCCGUCCGCUCACUACGUUCAAGCUGGCGGAUGAUUCGGACAUGGGAAGCUUAAACAAACUUUGCGUCGAAACGCGCCAGUGCGGUGAUAGAGCAGAUGCGGGACUGCCUUGGAAGCCACGACACAACCGAGUUUCCGAAUCAGAUCAAUGUUCCACUGGUAUUGGUAAUGUCCCGGAUCAGGUUAAUGAUGGUACCGAAAGCACAACUCGUGCUGCUAGGUCUUGUAAGGCCAAGCGGUACUAUGACUUUAUGAGUCAUAUGUACCCGAGUGUGCAGGCCAAACGUGCCACUAGCUCGAAGAAAACGCAGAAGGCGCACAAUGAUCGUACUAGUCGGAAUCGCGAGUCAAACACGGGAUGUCUAGUGGAACCCACAGAUGUAGAAACAUUGAACAAAAACCUGGAACGGGAACUAGACAAAGAGCUUAUGAACAUACCCGCGCUUAGUAUCGAUCUUUUCCGUGGCAUUCAGAACAACGAAAAAAGGCGCAAAAAAUGUCAAAAAUUUCGCUUCGAUCGAGACAUGGGAAUUACGUUCAGAAACUGGUACUCACGAUACAUCCAGAAAGAUGCUACUAGGAUCGACGAAGCCGCUAAGGUUCGAUUGUUGCUGCGCAAACUGGGUGUUGCUGAACAUGAUCGAUAUUUGAGCUUUAUCCUGCCAAGUCGUCCGUCUGAAUUUUCGUUAGAGCAAACGGUGGAACAGCUGGCAACGCUUUUUGAUUACGAGGAGUCUCUGCUGAGUAAGCGGUUCAGAUGUUUACAAAUAACAAAGAAGCGACCCGAGGAUCAUCUGGUGUAUGCUUGUCGUAUCAACAAGGCGGUCGUUGAUUUCGAGCUCGGCAAGCCCAACGAGGAAGAUUUCAAGUGUCUGCUAUUUGUUUACGGGAUGAAGGACGAGUCUGAAGCCGACAUAAGAACUCGUUUAAUGGCGAAAAUAGAGGACUCACCAUUACGGCGGAUCUCAGUGGGUUAG